CGCAGCGCCAACCACGUCCGCAGCCAGGCCGCGAGCCCCGAGGUCAUCUCGUCGCUGAUCGACCAGCUGUCCGCCAUCUCGGCCUCGACCCAGAGCCACUUUGAGAGCCUGCCGCUGUCCGCCAGCGCGAGCCGCAGCGCGAGCCGCAGCGCCAGUCCCGCCGCGUCGCGCAGCAGCCGACAUGCGAGCGCCGUGCGCGACCAGAACGCCCUCUUCCCCGACGACGCCUGCGAGCCGCCCGUGAUCCGCACCUCGAAGCCGCCCUCGGGCCUGUCGCCCCUGACGGCCGCGCCCAAGCCGCGCAGAGACAAGCCGCCCGCCGCCGCCGCCGCCGCCGUCGCCGCCGCCAGCAUCCACUCGUGUCGCUCGCACCGCUCGUCGCCCAGCUUCGGGGCCAUCAGCAUCGAGGCCGGCGUGCCCGUUGCCUCGCCCGUCGCUAGCCGCCGCUCGUCGGCUGAGCUCAGGCGCCCGCGCAGUCUGCUGUACAUGGGCUCGCGCGAGCGGUUGAGGCUGAGGGACAAGGAAAACGAUGUCCGCAGGCGGGCCGACGAUGCUGUCCCGCCGCUCGCCCCGUUCGAGGACACGAUUAGCGAGGAGCCCUUUACCAGAGACGGGCACGAGUCCCUCACCAGAGACGGACACGAGUCCUCGUCGCGCUUCGCCCACCGCUACCAGAGCAGGAACGCGAGCCCCGCGCGCCGCAUCCGCAUGAACCUGGUCGACGGACCGCGCGGCGACGGCCUCAUCGAGCAGGGCCUGGUCCCCGACCGCGGCUCGUCGCUGCGCCACGCCAGCCCGACCAAGAAGCGCAGGAAGAGCAGGGACAGGGCCAAGGACCCCGACCGGCCCCGGACCAUUGCAGUCACGCCGGUGCAGCCGCCCACGCCCGCGCCCACGCCCACGCCCGCGCCCGCGCACCCGGACCCGGACGAGGAGCGCAAGCGGCGGCUGCUCCAUGAGCUGGAGCAGGAGGAGAACGAGGUCGCGCAGCGGAUCAAGCAGCUGAGAGAGCAGAAGCUGCUGCGCGACCGGAUCGCCGGAAAGCUGCCUGCAGACGCUGUGUGCAAGCCGCAGGCUUCAGGACUCCCGAGCCCCGAAGCCUCGCCUACAUGCACUGCGUCACCUACAUGCACUGCGUCGCCUACAUGCACUGCGUCGCCUACAUGCACUGCGUCGCCCGCCGCCGACGAGCGCGGCCUCGGCCACACAAAAGCCCACAGACUCCUGGGCAUCUCCAUCCCCCCUGCCGCGCUGCCGUCGACCGAAAUCGACACCAACCGACGGCCACCGCGCGACGAGCCGCGCGAGCCGACGCGCCCGGCACCACUGCCGCCGCAUCUGCGACAUUCGCGCCACAGGAGCUUGACCGUGAACGACGGCGAUGACCUCUUGCUCCCCAUCAACUACGCCCUGGCGCUGAAAACCUUGGAUACAUCAGCGCCCAACUCGCCACGGACCCCUCGCCACUCGAGCAGAGACGGGCCGACGCGCUCGAGCAGAGACGGCCUGAAGCGCUCGAGCUCGCUCUCCGUGGGCGGCAGGUCUGCAUUCGGGCGCAAGGCAAACAGCGCCACCAUGGCCGCGUCCAAGGGCCACCACCACUCGUCCAGCCUGACCGACGGCAGGCCGUCCACCGUCCGCUCCGCAAGCGAGGACAUGUCCGGGCGCCACUCGUCGCUCAGCACGGCCUCGGCCGCCAACAGCUUCACCCUGCAGCAGAAGAAGACGCUCAAGAAGAAGCGCUGGUCGCACCCCGACCUGCCCGCCAAGGCAGAAAAGGCCCACAACGACAAGGUCGACCGCCACGAGGCCGGAGAAGAGGCGAGGGUCUCGCACUACGCCAUGCAUCCGUCGAGUCCGCUCAUCGAGGAGCGUCCGUCGUCGCUCGACUCGGUCGACGUCGACGUUGAUGCGUACCUGCAAGCCCCGCGGCUGUCGCAGAAGAUACGCCACCCGCAGACGGGGAGGAUCAUCUCCUUCUCCGAGGUCGGCGAUCCCAACGGCUUCGCCGUCAUGGUGUGCGUUGGCAUGGGCCUGACGAGGUUCGUCAUGGCCUUCUACGACCAGCUCGCCGCGACGCUGAAGCUGCGGCUCGUCACGCCCGAACGGCCGGGUGUGGGCGCGAGCCAAGCCGAUCCCAACGGGACCCCCCUGACAUGGCCUGACGACGUCCGCAUCAUCUGCCAAGCGCUGAAGAUUACAAACUUCUCCCUCCUCGCCCACUCGGCCGGCGCCAUCUACGCCCUCGCCACCUCCCUCCGCAUGCCCCAGCACAUCCGCGGCCGCGUCCACCUCCUCGCGCCCUGGAUCCCGCCCUCGCAAAUGGCCCCGCUGGGCCUCGGCCGCUCCGCGCCCCCAACCCAGCAGCUCCCGCGCGCGCAGCGCUUCCUCCGCGCCCUCCCUCCCUCGCUCCUCCGCGUCGCAAACUCCACCUUUCUCAGCAACACAAGCGCCUCGCUGCAGCGCACAGCCCCGAAGCCCACCAAGCCCCCCAAGCCGCGCCGCACACGCACCGAUCCCGCCCCGUCUGCCCAGCCCCGCGACUCGAUGCUGCUCAUGGACCAAGUCCCCCCGCAGUCCAGCACGCUCUCGCUCGCAGCGCCCGAGACGACGCGCCGCGCCUUUGACGAGCGCCUGACGUUUGCUAUCUGGGAUCGCGCGACGCUGAACGCGAAUCCCGCCACGGACCUGAUGGUUUGUCUCGAGACCAGGCAGCCCAUUGGCUUUCGGUACGAGGAUGUGACCGCCCCCGUCGUGAUUCACCAUGGCUCCAAGGACUCCCGUGUGCCCGUGGACAAUGUGAGGUGGCUCGCGCGUGUUAUGCGAAAGUGCGAGGUUCGCGUUUUGCACGGCGAGCAGCAUGGCCUUAUGGCUUCGGCGAGGGUCAUGGGCGAGGUGCUUACGGAGAUUGCGGGGGAGUGGGAGGAUUGGACGAGUGUUGUUCGGCAGGCGAGU